GCAAGAACGAAACUGCUGGACAAAGUUCAGCAAGUUUGCGGGCCUCGUUCUUGGAUUGGAACCAAACGUCACCCCCAAAAAGCCACACAGAGCAACCAACGAUGUUACUACAAGCAGACAAGGUGCUGUUGUAAGGCCGUGGCUUGACUCCGGUCUGGCAAUCGAGCGCGUCGACAUUGUGCUCUAGUGGUGAAGAUGUGCAAAUUGUCAGCUCGCAGUGUUAGCUGCAGAUGGUCACUGCGGCGGUGCCGCGCACUUAGCCGGGCUUACUUUUACCCAGGGGCCGUUCUGGCCCUUCUCAUCACGGCAAUGGAAGCUGCUGGCGACAAGGUUGUCGGCACCACCCAAGACGUCAAGGCAGUCGGCUCGCUGGACUCCCUGCCGCUGCUGCCCUGGCAGCGCCCAGUUGGUUGGCAGGCCCCAUAUGCCGGGUUACAGAACGACCUGGCAGCGCUGCUGGCGGUGCAGCGGCCGCCCGGCGCCACCUGGGUCGCAGUGUUCGCGCUGUCACACCUGGACACACAUCAUGCCCUGAUGAUGGCCAACGCGCUGACCACACUGCACUACUUUGGCGGCGGUGGCAGCUCCUACAUAGUGGCGGUGGCGGACAAUGAGGGGCUGGCGCACUGCAUGCGGCUGGGGCUGCCCUGCUACAACGCCACCCGGGAGGUGGCGGCGGAGCACAGGGGCGCACACGGCGGGUACGGAACGGAGGGUUACUACCUGGGUUGCUGGGUAAAGGUGCAUGUGGUGCGACGGGUGCUGCAGCUGCUGCCGCCCGGAGUCAGUGUGUUGCUCAGCGACCACGACGUGGUAUUUCUGAAGCGGCUGGCCCCCAGUGUGGACGCCUUCAUGUCCGGGACCGAGUGGGACAUGACGGCCAUGGUGGAGGACUACGGACAUAAGGGCGUCAACACGGGCGUACUGUUCAUCCGCAACAGCCCCAACUCCCGCGCCAUGUAUGACGCCUGGUCUGCCGCCGCCACCCGCCGCACCGGCGACCAAGAGGUCUUUUACGAGCUGUACGGCGUGCACUGGCUGGCGUGUGCGGGGCCCAAGGCGGCCGACUGCAAGCCCGACCCGGCGGUGGGGUCCCGCAAGGUGCCCACGGCGCAGGCGGCCCGUGUGGCGCGGCACAACAGUCCCUGGGAGCGCAACAUCAACUGCCCCCCGGUGGACCGGCACAAAUACGAUGACGCGUACCGGCACGAGGGCGUGGUGGACAGCCCCGACCACUGCGCUGUGCCAGGGCGGCUGUACGCCCACCUUAUAUGUGUGGGCGACAAGAAGCGCGGCGCAGAGGUGCUGGGCCUGUGGUUCCUGAACGGCGGGGAUCCGCUGGGGCUCCGCAUCAAUACGACAGCGGUGCGGGCCGCGGGGCUGCCUUGCGCGCCACCGGCCGAUGUGGCGAAGCUCAGCUUGGUCAAGUAGACGACGGAGCUGGGGGUUGUAAAUACCAGCUCAACCUAAUACAGCCCCAAUUCAAAAGAGCGAGGAGCGAGGGGUCGUCCAAGGGGCCGCGGAGGAAGGAGACUCUGAGAAUCAUCUCAGGGAUUUAUCACAUGUAAAUGUGUUUUGUUGAAGAGCAGAGCAUAAUGAGCGGUGUGCAUAGUACGCCAUGCGCGGUGCGGUAUGGGCUGCCUGUGUGUGUACCGUACGGGCUGCGUGAGUAUCCGCCAAGAUUCUGCCAGAGUGUACCGGUGCACUGCGCUGGCACAGUAAGGGUGCCAUGGCUCUGCAUGGCUGUGACAAUGUGACCUCAGUUUCGUUUGAACUAGAUGGAAUGUUGAUAUUUCCAUGGUUUCCCUCGUUUGCACCUGUUUGCAUUGCACUUUGCAAAGUGAUUCCAUAAAUGCAUCAUGCGCUCUGCCCCUUCAUCAGUGAUGGGCAGGGACUUUCACAUUGAUAACAAUUGCUUCGUUUUGCGAGCGACCUUGCGGUGUUGCUUGCGUAUGCAGGGGGGCGGGACACAGCAGGACAGGCUGUACCAGCAAGCUAUGCAGCGUGCCGGGUAACACCCGCGCACACAGUAUUUACGCGUUCGUGGUCGUUGAACGUCAGGGGUGCCCCUGUUGAACGUGUAUGGGGGGGUGUUGGUUUGAGUUCGCGGGUUCUGAACUUUUUGAGUUUACCGAGGCGGGGUGGGACUGGGCGGGCGUGAUCGCGCAGGCGGCGGGAGAUGGCGGGACGAGGCAUGGGGGAAGGGCAUGCGGUAGAGCGGGGACCAGGCCGGCCCCUUGUAGUCAGAGGGCUGAAACUCAAGGGCGAUGACGACCCGGGGCACGCAAUGGCGGGUCACUAGGAGAUGGGGUACGAUGUGACGUAAGACCGUUCAGCAGGAGAACCGCCGUUGCGGCGGCGGCAAGGAGUUUGCAGCAGCAGGGGACUGUGUUUGAGGUGAGUAACGUAGUCGUCAUCGAUAACUGUUAUGGACUGUGGACCAGUUAAAGGCAGGCGCGAUGAGACUCUUUUGUUAGUGUAACUGGAGGACACAGGGACACACGCACCCGGACAGGUCCAGAUAGUUGCGCGUAUGGGCACACGUUCCACCCCUGCGUCGCAGUACCGUACUGGGGCCAGGGUCGUGCUGUCGGGUCCACGCGGUGAUUGCGUGGGAAGAGAGGGCGGCAAGGAGGGCGGUAGGCCGUAGGCAUAUCAGGGGCCGAUCCACUUGGCAUUGUGCAUGCACUUAUCCAUCGCCUGAGGACAGGCUCAGGUGGAUUGCACGAGGACUGAUGGUUGCUGUGCGGAGUAAGCAGUAAAUGGCAGGGGGCGGGUCCGUGGGCGGGUCCGUGGCGAUGACAUCGUGCCAUCGCACAGGCAUUAGCCGGCGCACCAUGCGAAUGCCAACUGUAAAUGCUCACGCAC